AUGGCAGAUGAAUCCAUGGUAUCCUAUGAAGAUAUGAAGAGGGAUAGAAUGAAUAUGCAAGAUGGUGAUGAGGAAAAGCCGUUAUUUAGCGUCGGACAAGAAUAUGUGGAGUAUGAUGAUGGUCAAGAGGAUUCUGCCUCUGAACCAGGUGAUAUGGUUGUCGAUUUUGAUGUUAAUGCUCCAGAUUUACAAAGUGAUUACUAUGGAGCUGAAUUAUACGUCAGAAAUUACUUACAAGGAACUGAAUAUAAUUACUUUGAAAUGGCCGAACUUGUGUUAGGAGAUGAAGCAAACAAAAUUCCAAAUCCACUCACAUCUGUUAUUAAAACAGCUUCAGAUCCACAACAGCAACAACAACAACCUUUAAUUGCCCCACCUUCUAAUACAUCCUCUCAAAAUGCCAUGAAGGAUGAUGAUGAAGUUGAUCCAAGCCAAUGGGAUUGGACCAUGGAUAUGUAUGGAUUACUGUCGCUCUUAGAUUAUAAGCAACAUAAGAAGAAACAAUGUAUGAAACAAAUCAAAGCAUUCGUUCUUCAAAAAUGUCCAGAUCAAGAUAAGCGUGAAAAAUUAUGUGAAGUCUUUGAUAAUUCUAAAUUGGGAAUAAUUGUUAACGAGAGAGUUAUAAAUUUACCAUAUGAAGUUGGUGGAAUGCUCCAUCUUAAUUUAUUUGAAGAAUUAGAAAGAGAACAAAAAGAAAAUGGUUUUACAAAAUUCCAAUACUAUUUGAUUAUUACCAAAGUUUUCCACAUGAGAAGUCCACUAUCAGGACAAGUUAAGAAAGUCAAAGACGAAGCUAUUUUCUACAAACCAGAAGAACAAUUUUAUCAUGAAAGAGCCCUUGUUUCAUUUGACUACCCAAUCAAGAGUGAAUACACUGAAGAUGCAUCAACCCUUACACUUACAGAUGACACUUUCCAACAAGGUUUAUGUAUGAUCAUAGAGAGCUCCAAGGUCAGAAAGAUCCUGAAGAAGAUUAAGGAGCAAUUACUGCCCAACUCUGCACAAUCAUCAACUGCAGACGAAAAGGAUGAUGAAUAA